AUGCAAACCACUCUUGAUGCUUGUAAUGGGUUCGAAUUAAGCCACACAAGAAACCCUCCUACUGCACUCAACCCCCAAACCAUGGCGCACAGCCCACGGGUCAUCAAGCACAUCACACACCGCACCUCUACCACUAUCCCCAGGGCUCAGCACAAGCAGGCGCAGCAGCAGCAGCAGCAGCAGCAGCAGCAGCAGCAGCAGCAGCAGCAGCAGCAGCAGCAGCAGCAGCAGCAGCAGCAGCAGCAGCAGCAGCAGCAGCAGCAGCAGCAGCAGCAGCAGCAGCAGCAGCAGCAGCAGCAGCAGCAGCAGCAGCAGCAGCAGCAGCAGCAGCAGCAGCAGCAGCAGCAGCAGCAGCAGCAGCAGCAGCAGCAGCAGCAGCAGCAGCAGCAGCAGCAGCAGCAGCAGCAGCAGCAGCAGCAGCAGCAGCAGCAGCAGCAGCAGCAGCAGCAGCAGCAGCAGCAGCAGCAGCAGCAGCAGCAGCAGCAGCAGCAGCAGCAGCAGCAGCAGCAGCAGCAGCAGCAGCAGCAGCAGCAGCAGUAG